AUGUUUACCAAGCAAGCGGAAAUAAAUUAUUCCAUAAUUAAUUGCAUACAUUCAAUUUCAAUUCAAGGAAGAUGUAAAGUGUUGGUAGUUCUUGAUCGGGGUGCUUACCUAGCGGCGAAGAGGGAGGCUAAGAAGGCAGUCUCCAAGGCGAAGUCGGACCGCUACAAGGCUGUGUACGACAUGCUUGAUACCAGAGAAGGCGAGCGGGCAGUGUAUCGUUUAGUCAGAGCACGUCAUCGCUCAACGUUGGAUAUGGAGCACACCAAGAUCGUUAAGGGAGCUGAUGGAGCCGUUCUGCGCCGCUCUGGUCAGAUCCUGGAGAGGUGGCGAGAGUACUACAGUCACUUGUGUAACGAAGAGUUCUGUCAUCCUCCCAUCCCAACCGUUCCCAGCGUCGGGGGUCCUGUUCUACCAAUUACUGCCGUCGAAGUCAGUGCUGCCCUCGCAAAAAUGAAGUCGAACAAGGCAACCGGCAACUGA